AUGUCAGUGUUAAUCGCGUUUGCCGUGAUUGGAAUAUUCGCCGUGGCUUAUCGCGUGUACUACUUUCUCCGUCCAUUUAUAACCUACCUUAUAUUACGACACCUCCUGUCAAAACGGAAGGACCUGAAAAAAGCGGGCGAUUGGGCUAUCGUGACUGGAUCAACAGACGGCAUUGGCAAAGCGUUUGCUCACGAGUUGGCUCGUGACGGGCUGAACGUGCUCCUUAUAAGCAGAUCAACCGAAAAACUAAUUAAUGUGGCUAGCGAAAUUGAGUCCCUUUUCAAGGUGAAGACCAAAAUAUUCUUGGCCGACUUCACUACAGUAAGUUCCCUUUAG